ACAUCAGCAGAGAGCAAAAAUGGCUGUCUUUGGUCUUGAUACUUUUUGUCAGUCAACAGCAUCGUAGGAAUUGGGUGGGAGAUACGAAGUUGAGUGCUGUUGUCAGAGAUCUCCACUCCUCCUUGGUGUGGUGGUGGACUGAGGGAAAGUGUCCUUCAGUGAGCUGGGUAACCGAUCUUUGUCUUGCUUGGGAUUGUGCCCCAUUGUACAAUCAUCUAUGGGAUUCCCAGUUUUCAGGCUAUGAUUCAUCUGUUGGGAUAGGGAGGUGGAGGGAGGAAUGAAGGACAAAAGAAGGUGUGUUAGCCAUACGUAUUAGUAGGCACAUAGAAGACCAUCCCUGUGCUCUCCAUGCUGUCUCGAUGUGCUCCUACCAACUCCACAGCCAGGCAAUAUCCUCCUGGAGGACAUUUGGGAGGAUCUCAUUACCUGUUGUCUUUUACGCUUUUACACUCUCCUGUCCCCACUCAGGCAGGGAAAAAUUAAGGUCUGCAGUCACUCCUCAUAUGCCCCCUUCCUGCCUGUGGUUUCCCUGCCUUCUUCCUCUUGCGUGAGUGUUUCCUUCCUGGGGCUGAGUGGAAGGGAAGUAGCACCUAGUGUUCGUGGUCACUGUUGACAACGGGGGCACCGAGGACCCAUCACCCUUGCCAGGGUCUCUGGGAAGGGAUAUGUGAGUCCCUGAGGUAGUGGGGGAAGGCUGGAAGGGCAGGGCCAUUAGUGAGGGUCAUCUAGGACAACUGGGAGGGGUAGGUGGACAGCUGGGAGGUCUUCAGGAUCUGUAAGAUUUGUGGGAUGGGGUCAGUGGCAAGGUUGGAAGGGGACUGGGAGGUUUUUGGGGCAACUAGAAAGUCUGGGUGAAAAAUUGGGAUGCCUAAGGGAUUAUCUGCGAGGUUUGUGGGGAAACUUGAUUCAUGUGGUUGGUGCACUGGGAGGUCUGGGGGACAGCUUUGAGGUCCGGAGAAUGCAAGAUACGGAGAAAGAGGUGAGAGCAGCAAAGGAAGAAGAGAUCUCAGAGAAUGGGGGUAAAGAAGGAAGGAUGAUGGGACAGACGAGGAAGGGCAGUAUUGGAGGGGAGGGAUGGGGAGACUGAGCGAAGGAGGUAGGCAUGAGUCUGCUCUGCAGGAUGCUGGUUACCCCUCUCCCCACAGGUCUCCUGCCAUGUCCACACCUCCUUCCAAUGUGACUGUCUCUGCAAUUCCCAAUGCAGCACUGGGACUGACCCUGCUGUCACUGGCAAUGGUCAUAGGGCUGCCAGGGAACGCGUUCGUGCUGUGGAGCUAUAUCAUCACCCGUCGCCGCAGCAUCCCCAUGCUUCUGGUGGCCCAUCUGGCCCUGGCUGACGUGGCCACGCUGCUCACUGGCCCCGUUUACAUCCGAUUCCUCAGCACUGGCCGCUGGGACCUGGGCCCAGCCACGUGCCGUGGUUGCAACUACAUCUGUGCAGCUGCCAUGUACACCAGCGUCUUCCUCAUCGCGCUGCUCAGCCUGCACCGCUGCCUGGUGGUGUCCCGACCAUCAGCCGCAGUGCUGGCAGGUGACCGUGCCACCCAGCUGGCCCACGGGGCUGCUGCCAUCACUUGGCUGGUAGCCUUGGUGUUGGCCACCCCUUCUAUUGCUUUCCGGCACGUGGAGAACGGGAUGUGCAAGCGGAACCACAAUUCCACCGCUUGGCUGGUGACCCACAACCUGCUGGAGACAGGGCUGGGCUGGGCUGUGCCACUGGUCGCCGUGGCCGUUGGUUAUGGGCUGCUGCUGCGGCGGCUGCGGCAGACGCGAUUGGCACGGCGGGGCCGCACACUGCAGUUGGUGGCUGCCGUGGUGGUCGCCUUUGCCGUCACUUGGGGACCCUACCACAUCGGGAGCUUGUUGGAAGUGGUGGUGGAGCUGCAGAGCUGCAGUGGGACUCUAAGAAAGGUUGCCAAGGCCAUCCGGCCACCAGCCACUGCGCUGGCAUUCCUCAGCAGUGCCCUAAAUCCGCUGCUCUAUGCCUGCGCCGGGCGGGGACUGUGUCGUACUGCUGGGGCUGCACUCCUGCCCCGGCUCCUAGAGGGCUCCACAGCCUCCAGCAGUGCCCGUAGGACUGUCACCCAUCAGGCCAGAAGCUCGCGGGGACAGCGGGAGAAUGGAGGCAAGAAGGUGGCCAGGGAGGAUGUGGGGAUGGGGGAUGGGAGGACAGUGGCAGAGGGAACAGUGACGGGCGAUGAGGGGACAGUGGUGGAGAGCACUGAGAUGGGUGACAAUGGGAGGGCAUGAUGGAUGGAAAGGCUUUUGGAUGGAUGUUGUCAUUAUUUUGUGGGGUGCCAUGGGGAGGGGUCCCUGGAGUCCUCUAGGGUUGUAUUAGGGAUUCCCAGGGGUAAUUGUGGGAGCUUUAGGGGGGUGGCCUUUAGGGGUUAUUGGGAGAACUCAGGGAAUAUCAAGGAGUCUCAACAUGUGGGUCUCAGUGAGGACACUCAGAGAGGAAUUGGGAGAGGUGAAGGAUGUUUGAAGGGCCUGGGGGUGUCCUGAAGGGUGCCUAGGAUGUCACCACCACACACAGAGGUGUCCCCAUGGCAUAUGACAGGUGUCCAAGGGACCACAGGUUGUCACCAUUGUGUCACUGGGAUGUCACAGCAGGAUCCCAGGAAAGUCAUCUGGAAUGCCAUUGGAGUGUCCUCAGGGGUCUCUAUGUAGUGUCAUCAUGGAGUCAAAGCUGUGUCACAGCUGAUGGUGUCACUGCUGGAUGGGGCCACAUGUCCCUUUCCCUUGGCCGCCCCAUCCUUUGGUGACAUCACUGGUGACUUUAUAC